CUUAACCGGUACAUUCAAACUUGAUGCGGUGACCAAGUAAUUUCUCUUGCGUUGCUGAUCCCCGUGGCUUCUUAGUGCAUCAGUGAGUAGCAUCCGUCCCUCUCGGGUAUGUGGGCAGUCGCUCCGACGAACAAAAUCGGCGAGCGACAACCCUUGCGAAGGGCGGACAACGCAGGCGCCGGAAGUUCCCGGUUGGCAGGCUAUGGAAUCGCCGUCCCGAAGCAUGGUGCGGUCGUCUUUGGAAACAGCGAACAUGUCUCCGGAAGCGGCUCCCCAGGUUCCGGAAGUGUCCAGGAGCCGAUCCCGACAACAGCGGCUGUCGAAUUGUGGCCUCCUGAUCGGGUUCGGCGGGUCAGUUCCGUAUGCCGCUCCCGCAAAGCUGUCAGCGGUCUGGUUUCCGCCGGAUCAGCGGACGACUGCGACGUCCAUCGCGUCUUUUCCAACGACUUUGGCGUCGCCAUGGCCUUCAUUAUAGGUGACCUUUCGUUACAUAUGAGUCAGUGGUUUUCCUUAAUCAUAGGUGACCUAUAUUGCAGGCAGUGUUAGGCCUUCAUCAUAGUAUACCUAAAGAUGGGACACUGUCAAACGUUAAAACGAAAAUACAGUAAAAGUUAACAGUUGAAAUUGCC